UUCAGUUCAGACAAACUGAAACUGGAGUGUAGUUGAGCUGUUGUGUGUUUGUGUCUCUGUAUUCAUGCAGUAAAAUGGAAGAAGCCGGAUUUUCUGAAGAUGAGUUCCUGUGUCCAGUGUGUCUGGAUCUCCUGAAGGAUCCAGUGGCCAUUCCCUGUGGACACAGUUACUGUAAGAGCUGUAUUACAGGCUUCUGGAAUAAGGAGGAUCAGAAGAGAGUCUACAGCUGCCCUCAGUGCAGACAGACCUUCAGUCCAAGACCUGCUUUAGCUAAAAUCAUCAUUCUGGCUGAAGUGGUGAAGAAACUGAAGAAGAGAAAACUUCCUGCUGACUGUUACGCUGGAGCUGGAGAUGUGCAGUGUGACGUCUGUACUGGAAGAAAACACAAAGCCGUCAAGUCCUGUCUGGUGUGUCUGAACUCUUACUGUCAGAAUCACCUUGAACAACAUGAGAGUUUGUUCAAAAGAAAGAGACACAAUCUGACUGAUGCCACUGGACGACUGCAGGAGAUGAUCUGCAAGAAACACGACAAGAUCCUUGAGGUUUUCUGCCGCACUGAUCAGAAGUGUAUAUGUCUGCUGUGUACAAUGGAUGAACAUAAAAAUCAUGACACUGUAUCAGCUGCAGCACAGAGGACAGAGAAACAGCACCAGCUGAAGGAGAUGCAGAGGUCGUUCCAGCAGAGGAUCCAGCAGAGAGAGAAAGAUCUUCAGCAGCUGAGAGAGGCUGUGGAGUCUCAUAAGCGCUCUGCACAGACAGCAGUGGAGGACAGUGAGAGGAUCUUCACUGAGCUCAUCUGCUCCAUUGAGAGAAGCCGCUCUGAGGCCACACAGCAGAUCAGAGAUCAGGAAAAGACUGCAGUGAGUCGAGCUGAAGGACGACUGGAGCAACUGGAGCAGGAGAUCAAUGAUCUGAGGAGGAGAGACACUGAGCUGGAGCAGCUUUCACACACAGAGGAUCACAUCCAUUUCCUGCAGAGUUUCCAGUCUUUCUCAGCUCCUCCUGAAUCUACAGAUGUAAAUGACGAUCCCUUCAGUUCUCUCUCCUCUUUUGAUAGCGUGAGAGAAUCGGUCCAUCAGUUGAGAGACAAACUGGAGGAUUUCUGCAAAGAGGAGCUCAAGAAGUUUUCUGACAGAGUCACUUUCACCAACAUUGUUCCCAGAACCAGGAACGACUUCCUACAAUAUUCCCAUCAGCUCACUUUGGAUCUGAACACAGUGAAUAAAUACCUCCGUCUCUCUGAGAGGAAUAGAGUGAUUACUGGCACUAACAAAGUCCAGCCAUAUCCUAAACAUCCAGACAGAUUUGAUUAUUAUGAGCAGGUGUUGUGUAGAGAGAGUGUGUGUGGACACUGUUACUGGGAGAUUGAGUGGAGUGGAGAUGAUGGUGUGUUUAUAUCAGUGUCAUAUAAGAGCAUCAGCAGGAAGGGACGGGGUAAUGAGUGUUGGUUUGGAUAUAAUGAUCAGUCCUGGAGUUUGUUCUGCUCUUCCUCCAGUUACUCAUUCAGACACAAUAACAUACUGACUAAACUCCCUGUAAAAUCCAUCAGCAGUAGAAUAGGAGUGUAUGUGGAUCACAGUGCAGGAACUCUGUCCUUCUACAGCGUCUCUGGAGACACAAUGAGCCUCAUCCACACAGUCCAGACCACAUUCACUCAACCGCUCUAUCCUGGGUUUGGGAUUUAUAUUGGAUCAUCAGUGAAAAUGUGUUGAUGAAUCAGAACAUACUGUAGAGAGAUUCUACCCAUAAUGCUUUGAGCUCAUGAUGAAUCAGUAACAGUGAGAUGUUAUAGAGUCUCUUAUUUUCUCUUCAUUACAUUAAUACUACAGCUGAACGUCUGUCAGUGAAAUAUCAUGUCAGAAUAAAUGUGUGUAAUGAAUCCUCAUAUAGACAGUGAGAUCAGUGUGUGUUUGUGAGUCAUGAUGAGUGACGGUGUGUAUCUGUGCUUUUAUCAAACUGUGUUGAUGGAAAUCAGUCAGUCAGUUCUUACUGUAGUCACAUAAAUCAUUUUUAUUAUUACUGUUAAAAUUACCUUUCAUUAAAAUGUAUUCUUCAAUACAAAAGUCAUUUGUAAAAUUAAUAAAUGUAAAAUGUUCAUUUUUGGGUGAACUAUCCCUUAAAUGAUGAAGUGUAAUGUUUCAAUAGAGGAUGUCAAACACUCUCAUGAGCUUCUUCUGCAUCUAGCAGCACCUUCAGAGAUGAGACCCAUGUGAUCUAUAACAUGACCUUUGACCUUCCUGAAAGAUGAGCCAAUCCCACGCAAUUAUGACCUCUGUCAGUAUUUCUAAAUGUUAAAGAAACCUUCUGUACCUGAAAAACUUUUAACUUCUGUUUUUGAUCUUGUAUUUGUUGUGUGUAAUUUGCUUCUUUGUUCUUAUAUUUAAUAACAAAAUUAAUGUCAUAUUUACCCUGUAACUACAUGAAACAAGAGUGUAACAAGCUCCACUUUAAUUUACGGCCCGUAAUGUCAUAAAAAAGAUUGCAAUAGUCGUUUCUACUUGCCUUGAAACAACUUAAUCAGUGCACUUUCUCGCUAAAUUGCUCCCAAACGUAAGAUUGUUGUCUAUCAUAAUAGU